UUUAUAUCCGUUUGAAUCCGGUUUUCCAUGGUGGGCGCAGUUUUCACAAGUCUGCCAUUCUACCCAUUCAAUGGCCACCAAGCGUCAGCCCCAGGAAAGUGUAAUGAGUAACCGAUAUCUUUUCAGCAAAAAUAAAGUUCUGAGAACCCAAUAAUUUCUAGUACUAAAAAUUGUUAAAUUAAUUUCUCCUAAUUUUGACUAUGAUCCAAUAAUAAAUAAAGAAUGCUAUUCGCUGGCGUGUAUCUGUACUAAUACAUAUGGAUGUGGAAAGAUCAUGCUAACCAUGCCAACCUUUUCAUUGGCCAUGGACGCUGAUGUUUAUCUAUGCCAGCAGGUAGCGUUCAACACUUCUGUUGGCACCGACAUGAUCUUAGCCCAAAUCACGUGAGAUUAUAAAUUAAUGAUCAUCAUUAGACAUGUUUCAUCUCUAAAAAUUAAAAAAACAUAGACAUGUUUCAGGUUUUUGUUUAUAUAUCAUUCAAAUGUUGGUGGCCACACUAACAGGCGGCCAGGCCCAUGCAGUUCUUGAGAGUAGCAAAGGACUUCUUUAUUCUCAUUAACUUUAUUUUUUUAAAAGCAUGAAGUCUUCACUAAACUUCCAGGUUCUAAACUUUAAUUUAAGUCAUUCUCUACAGAAGAAAGAAGAUGCCGUUCACCUUCACGGAAAGAGAGUGUAAGAAAGAAAAGGAAGCCUCCACUAAGCAAACAGCGUUCAUACGACAGCUUUCAUGGGAAACUUUAAGUCCUUCCCCUACUCCAUUUUCUUAUUUAAGGCCUUCCCUUUCUUCAUUUCUCUCACCAUCUACAUACAAAUUGUUUCAACAUGGCAAGCAAUAAUGUAGUGAGAUUUGAAGAUUUCCUCCCUACAAUGGCUGAUAAGUUGGGAGGAGAAGGAUUGAUUGGAGAGCUUUGUAAUGGGUUUCAGUUGCUGAUGGAUAAGGACAGGGGUCUGAUCACAUUUGAGAGCUUGAAGAGAAGCUCUUCUCUUCUGGGUUUGCAAGACUUGAGAGAUGAUGAGUUGCUGAGCAUGUUGAAAGAAGGAGACUUGGAUGGUGAUGGUGCUCUUAAUCAGAUGGAGUUUUGUGUUCUUAUGUUCAGAUUGAGUCCUGAGCUGAUGGAGUCUUCCAAAGGGUGGUUAGAAGAAGCUAUGGUGAAUGAGUUUGUAGGUUCUAUGUUCUGACCUCACAGUCUAUUUGUGGAAGGGAGUUGUUUUGUACAUUUUGUUUAUUUAAAUGAUUGGCAUCAUCUCUUUUACUUUUUUGCUUUUUUAUUUUCUUUUUUGCUACUAUAACAACAACAACAAAUCCAACUCCAACUCCGACU